GUCGGAGAUCUGCAGGCGCUUCCUGUGCGCGGUCAAAAACAACGGAAGUACUCCGGAAGUGCCUGGUGUCACAUAGUUUACAGUCCGGGGCAGCCUGUCAGUGUUGCUUCCCGCUGCUCGGCUCGGAGAUGCUGCCCGCUGCUGCAGAGAUGGAGUUCAAAGACAAAAACGGCAAAGUGUCGGACAGAGUUUGAGACAAAGGGAGGGGACUCGGCGUAAGUUCUUUAAGUGAACUGACCGCCCUGUGGGUUAUUUUUGAUUAUUUAAGACGAGAAGAAACCGAAAUAAACUCGGAGCGAAGAUGAAGCUGCUGAAGCCGAGCUGGGUGAGCCACAACGGCAAACCCAUAUUUUCGGUUGACAUCCACCCAGAUGGGACGAAAUUUGCAACAGGUGGUCAAGGGGAGGAUUCUGGGAAGGUGAUGAUCUGGAACAUGGCUCCGGUCCUCAGAGAAGAAGAUGAGAAGAAUGAAAAUAUCCCCAAAAUGCUCUGCCAGAUGGACAAUCACCUCGCCUGUGUGAACUGCGUGCGAUGGUCCAAUAAUGGGCUGUACCUGGCCUCGGGGGGAGACGACAAGCUCGUCAUGGUGUGGAAGAGAGCGGCCUUGAUCGGGCCGAGCACCGUGUUCGGCUCGAGCAACAAACUGGCCAACGUGGAGCAGUGGAGGUGUGUCACAGUCCUGAGGAACCACACCGGAGAUGUGAUGGACGUGGCGUGGUCGCCUCAUGACGUGUGGCUGGCCUCCUGCAGCGUGGACAACACCAUCGUCAUCUGGAACGCACGCAAAUUCCCAGAGAUGGUCACGUGCCUGCGAGGACACACGGGGCUGGUUAAAGGCCUGACUUGGGAUCCAGUAGGGAAAUACAUCGCCUCCCAGGCCGAUGACCACAGUCUCAAAGUGUGGAGGACUGUGGACUGGCAGAUGGAUGCCAACAUCACCAAACCUUUCUCAGAGUGUGGCGGAACGACCCACGUCCUGCGUCUGUCCUGGUCUCCAGACGGUCAGUAUCUGGUGUCGGCUCACGCCAUGAACAACUCCGGCCCCACCGCUCAGAUCGUGGAGAGAGACGGCUGGAAGACGAACAUGGACUUUGUGGGCCACCGUAAAGCCGUCACGGUGGUGAAAUUCAAUCCAAAGAUCUUUAAGAAGAAGCAGAAGAACGGCAGCUCUCCGAAGCCCGGCUGUCCGUACUGCUGCUGCGCUGUUGGCAGCAAAGACCGGUCGCUCUCCGUCUGGCUCACCUCACUGAAGCGUCCUCUGGUGGUCAUACAUGAUCUGUUUGACAAAUCCAUUAUGGACAUUUCCUGGACUCUGACAGGUCUUGGGAUGUUGGUGUGUUCGAUGGACGGGACUGUGGCCUACCUGGACUUUUCCUUGGAUGAACUAGGAGACCCUCUGAACGAGGAAGAGAAGAACACCAUCCAUCAGAACAUGUACGGUAAAAGCCUGGCUAUAACCAACACCGAGGCUCAGCUGUCCACCACCAUCAUCGAGAACCCCGAGAUGCUCAAGUACCAACAGCAGCGACAGAACUCUGCUCAGGCCAACAUGGCAGUGGCCAGCGCUGGACCAGAAUCCUCCGCUCCCAAAGUCAACAGCGUGAUGAACGGAGAGUCUCUGGAGGACAUCAGGAAGAACCUUUUAAAGAAGCAGGUGGAGACGAGAACAGCGGACGGAAGAAGACGCAUCACGCCCCUCUGUAUCGCUCAGCUGGACACGGGGGAUUUCUCACCAGCUCUGUUCAACAGUGUUCCUAUUCUGCCCUCGGGCUCCUCAAUGUCCAACCAGCUCACCCCCCAGCUGAACUCUGACUCCAGCCCGGGACAGCCUUCUUCUCUGGGUCUCAGGCCCAACCAGGACGGCGUGCUCACUUCACCUCCUGCCAGCAGCGCCAACAAAGGCCUGGAGGACAACAACGAAGGUGUGAAGUCCAGUCUGCUGCUCACAUCUUCAUCCAAGAUCGAGCCAAUGAAGGCCCUGGACUCGCGCUUCACAGAGAGAUCGAAGGCCACCCCAGGGGUCACAUCGGCCAUCGCCUCCACUGCCGGACUCACACCUCUGGACAGGCCAAAGGACGUCGUCUCUGCCCAGAAAGACGCCAAAACCAAAGAAGAUACGAGCAGCGACAGCGAGGACAAAAUGGCCGCCAUCAACAAAAAUCUGGUGUUCGGGAAGAGGAAACCGGAGCUGCUGAUGGACGGAGGAGAAGUGGUGGAGAAGAGGAAGAAGGGCCGGCCGAGGAAAGACAAGAUGGCCGCUCCCAUCCCUCAACCCUUCACUCAGAUAAUUUCUCCGCCCGAGCGGGAGCCCAGCAGGGUGGCAGCUCCUCCUCCAGCUCCUGCAGCCGUUUUAAAGCUGCCAACUCCAAGUACACAAAAGUCCUUCAGCCUGCAGGUGAGCGUGGAGCCGUCCGUGAUCCUGGAUGUGGAGAAUGAGGUUUCUGCGGUUGCAGGUUCUAAGCUCAGCCAGCUGCGAUGCUCGAGAGACGGACGGGACUGGAACACCCUGCUGCCCAGCUCGGUCGUCAUCGCUGCAGGGAGCAGCGACGUCCUCGCAGUCGCCUGUGAGGACCGGAUGUUGUCGGUGUUCUCCUGCUGUGGGAGGCGGCUCCUCCCCGCCAUCCAGCUGGCCACGCCUGUCUCCGCCCUGCAUUGCUCCGCCCACUUUGUCAUGGUUCUGACUGCCGGAGCGGCCCUGUUUGUUUGGGAUGUUCAUAAACAGAAAGCUUUGGUGAAGAACGAGUCGCUACUGACCAUUUUAUCUGGUGCUGGCACUACGGUGUCUCAGUCUCUGCUGACUCCGCAGGGGAUCCCAGUCGUUGGACUGUCCAACGGGAAGUCCUACUGCUUCAGCUCCUUGUUGGAGACGUGGACUCUGAUAGCAGAUAAAGGAGACUCUCUGGUCCAGUGCGCUGACUUUAGGGGCUGCCUGCCGUCCCAGGAUGCACCUGUGUCCUCAGGACCACUUGCUGUCAUGCAGGGACGGAACCUCAACGCCGGUCGCUUGGCGUCCCGCCUCUCCUCCACGCCUCACCACCUGCAGCAGAGCGUGACGCUCGCCUUCCUGGAGAAUCAGCUGGUAUCUGCUCUGACCCUGCAGUCGUCGCAGGAGUAUCGCUACUGGCUGCUCAUCUAUGCCCGUUUUCUUGUCAAUGAAGGCCUGGAGUAUCGUCUUCGGGAACUUUGUAAGGAGCUCCUGGGUCCCGUCCACAGAUCGGCCGCUACAUCCUGGGAGCCGACAACUCUGGGGCUGCGUAAACGGGAGUUACUGCGGGAGGUUUUACCCGUCAUCGGCGAAAACCUGCGAUUUCAGAGACUCUUCACCGAGUACCAGGAUCAGCUGGAGCUUCUGCGCAACAAAUAACACACACCAGUUCACACAGACUGACCUGAACACACACACACGGACUGAAUCCUGUCGAGUUCACCCCACCCCAACGCUCGGUCCAGUUUGGGUGAAGUCCCAUCGUGUACUUCUGAAGACUGAAGCUCUGCUCCAGCUGAGGCCUGAAAACACAACCAGGGUGUUUGUGACGGCUGCUGCUCGUCUCUUCUGUCGUGUGGGGUUUUUUUUUUUCCUCGUAUUUCACUUGAACCUGAUCUGUUUUUGUUUGUUUACUUUUAAACACACUUUCCUCCUUCCCUGCUAAUCAUGAACUGGAGAGGUCACUCAGCGGAGACAUAAGUGAACGGUUGCUGUUAAAGUCCUCGUGUUUGCUAAAGACAAUAAUGAAUCGGACGUAAAGAGGCAAUAUGAUUAUAUGAUUGUACCAAAGUGGAAGCGUGAAAAAAAAAAAAAGGGAGGCAUCCAACCAGAAGGGCUCAGUUAGGUUUUAUAGAUUAAAGGUGAUGUUUGGUGAAAAACUGUCCAGAUUCAACACAAGGCUGACGGCAAACAGGAAGCUGCUGUGAAUAAAAAUGGCUGACACUAUACAGGGGUAGGUUUCUGAAAAUUGAAGUUGGAAUGGAUGAAAAAGGUGCAGCAGAAUAUUCACAGAGUUUAACGUUUUGUUACUGCCACAAAACGUACAGAUACUUCCUGGGGUGGAAGCAGCUGCAGCUUUAACCUCAACACACUCUGAGUCAGGACUUUAGCACAGACUGAGGCGAAUGCACAUUUUUAUUUUUUAAUUAGUUUGCAGUGAAUUGAGGAGGUCGCUCAUGUCAGACUAAUUAAAAUCCAACAUGAAACGAUGGAGUUUCUUUGUAUUGCUCUGCAGGAAUCCUGUGGACCAGCUCAGACUGUUAAAAUCAAGUGUCGACAUAA